AUGAAGCUGAAGCAGCUAGAGGGCCUCCUGGGGGAGCUCCAGCAGUUUUCUGCCCCGAAGGUCAGAAGGAGAUCGUGCUCUCCGCACGCCAUUCGUUUUUUCCGUUCUUCCCACUCCUCUUCACCUCCCCCUCAGCCCUCGUCUUCCCUCCUUGCUUCCUUUUUGGAAUUAAUGGAUCAUCGAUGAAUGCGCUAUUGGGACAGGUGGAGCUUGAGCAAUAUCCGACUGGGCCGCACAUCGCGUCGAGGCUGAUUCACACCGUAAUCUCCCGCUGCCGCCUCCAUCUAUCUUCUCCAUGAAUCGAUUCUCCCAAUCUUCUGAUGAUCCUUCUUCUCGUUUCCGAAUGAUUUGCCUGAUAAUGGCAAUAGAAUCUUCUUGUUUUCGUUCCGUUUGAUUACAUCUAUGGCUACCUCUGUUUGGUCUAUGUCUUCUCUAGCGAUUUCCGUUUGGUCAAUCACCGUGCAUGUAAAUCAACCAUCAGGCGCGUAGUUCUUCGUCAAAUUAUAGGUUUAAACAAAAAGAGGAACAAGAACAAGAACAGGAAACUGAUGUUCUAUGCAUUUCAAAGACCACUUACUCGAUCAAAAUUACUUGUGCUCCCCAUUUAUCAUCUGCCUUCAGGCCGAGAAUACAUUUGGAGACAUAACCGGAAAGAUCGUUGCAGAUUUCGGCUGUGGCUGUGGGACAUUGGGGAUAGCAAGCGCUCUUUUGGAUGCAGAGUGAGUGAAUCAUAUUAGCUGAAGAACACCUCCUCUGGCCCGUCAUAUUUCUUCAUUUUUUUCCCUAAAAGGAAAAUCUAUUCCAGAGGCUUCGCUAUCAAAGUCUGAAAUUCUAUGCAUUCUUGUUCUAUCCUUCUACUUAUAUUUCAUCAAUACACAGGCAUGUAGUCGGCGUAGAUGUUGACCCUGGUUCCCUUGAGAUCGCCUCAGAGAAUGCCGAACAGCUCGAGGUACAUUUCUAUUUUUAAGUUGACUUCUUUACAAUUUCUUGGCUCGUACAUUUCCAUGAAUAUCUCUCCCAAACCUUGUCCAAUUUUAUGAUUUUCCCCCAUUUAUAAUCCUCGAGAUUAGAACUACCCAAUAUCCUACAUCUGACCAGGGUCAACCCCUGUGAGCCACAGUCUGCUAUUAUGUGAUCUUCUUCAUCUGGGCCUUCCUUUUAAACCUAUUUAUCCUAUAUGGGAUCUUAGUCACACCGCAGGUCGAAAGAAUGGAUAUAUCAGGCCAAUUGUGGUUGAAUUUCAUAUAUAUGAGUAUUUUAAUCUUAAUAUAAUCAUGGGCAGGUGAGCAUCGAUCUGGUUUGGUGUGACAUCAGAAACUUAUCGUGGAAAGGUUAGUUUUUUUGUGCAAUCUUUGUUCUCUUUUUUCCUCGGGGAAUUAUUUACUAAUAUGUAUUAUCUGUGAUUAAUCUAGCAAAAUAUAAAUACUAUUUUAUCAUUUAUCCCAUAAAAGAACUCCAACUGGCGACUUUUUUGAUAUGAGAAGAUAACAGUUACAUCCAUAUGAAAAUUACUUUAAUUAGCCUCACUCAUCUUUCUCGCCCCUGACUGCUCUAAAAUUGUAUGAUGAUUAUUUUUUUAUGAAAAUGGUUUGUUCGGUAUUUUUAGUGUAAAUAAAAAUAGAAGGAAUAUAAUUAUUAUGUAUCACAUACAUUUUAAAAUUUUGAAUGAUUUUUGUUUGAUCCCUCUUUCCCUCCCUGGUUCUCUCUUGCAUUCCUCUCCCUAAAAUCAAAUGAAAUCAUUUUAAUAAAAAUGGCUUUAAUUCACUAUUUUAUAUAAAUGCAAAAUAAAUGAAAAUCAUAUGUGAUAAAUACGAAGUAAAAUUAAUUAGUCCAAUAAAAAAUGUGAAUAUUUUAAAUAUUUUUCUUCUUUCCCUUUCUUGCUCUCUCCCCCUCCCCAGAAUCACAUAUAAUGAUUUUAACAAGGGUUUGAAUCCACUGUGUUAAACAGUAAAUGAAAAAAAUGGAGAUCAUCUCAAUAAUUAUACAUUGAUAAUACGAUUAGUACACUGAACCCAAUUUUCAAUUUGAGAUCACCCCCCCACCCCGCCUCUCUCUCUCUCUCUCUCUCUCUCUCUCUCUCUCUCUCUCUCAUCCUGGCUGAUGAUUCCUUUUUGGCGAUGUGGAUCUUUACAAGGUAAAUGCAUCGACACUGUUGUGAUGAACCCUCCUUUUGGGACAAGGAGGAAGGGGGUCGACAUGGAAUUCCUUUCUAUGGCUCUCCAGGUUUGGAAGAAUCUUUCCUCCUUAUUUAUUAUCCUGGCCAUUGUCUGACCUCUAGAUGUUCCCCUCCGUUUGCUAUUAUUAGGUGGCCUCUGGAGCAGUCUACUCCCUCCAUAAGACAAGCACCAGAGAGGUGAGUCUCUGAAGAACCGCCAUGUAUUCUUUCAUGGGAGAUCUUAAUCUCCAAUGCAGGCUGAGUGGGCAGCCUCUUCUUUGUUUUCCUUCUUGUUCUUAUUAAACCAGAAGCUAUCUUCUAAAAUAAUCAUGAAGGGUAAAUAAUUUCACCUGUGCAGAAAUCAAGAUAAAGGUACCUUUAAAUUCUAUUUUUAUGGGACUUGUGCACAUUUUUGCAAUUAACCUUGGCGAAGGGAUGAGUUAAAGUCAGAUGCUAGAUGGAUGCUUGCAGCGCAUUAGCUUGAGGUUUCUCUCUCCUCUCCACUCUCUGAAGAUGUGUGAUGUUCAUGAAAUGCUUCCUCAGCAUGUGAAGAAAGCAGCCCUCCAGAGCUUCAAUGCCGCGACUGCCGAGGUCUUGUGCGAGGUAAGGGUGGUGGAGGAGAAGGAAGGGGGGGGAGGGGGAGAGAGAAUUAAAUAUCUAAAAACAAAUUGCCUUCUUUUUUUUUUUUCCUAAGUGAGGCCCAGGUGGGUCCCACAAUGGUGGGCUCCGGAAAACCGGGCCGGGCUUUUUAGGGUCUGAGCCGGGCCCAUCGGGUCCCCUCAUCAGUGGGCUUUGUUGACGUUUUGGCCCGUUUGCUCCUCAGCUCCGGUUCGACGUCCCACAAAUGUACAAGUUUCACAAGAAGAAGGAGGUCGACGUGGCAGUGGAUCUGUGGAGGUUUCUUCCCCAAUCAGUCUCCCGGGCUUGUUGA